CUUCGCGCUCCGCCUUUAGCACGCGUCCAACCUUUAUCUGUGUUUGCGACUCGGUUCGAUUCGGUGCUGCAGUCGCGGCGUGGACGGCGAGGACGGCGUGCCGAGAGAAGAGCCGCCAUGGCGGACGUCGCUGCCGGGGAGCGCGAAUGCGGGACGAUGGUGCUGGGCGUGCGGUGGGCCCCGCUCGGCCUGCCGCUGUCGCGCCGCCUGCAGACGCUGGUGGUGGCCAUGUGGAUGUACUCCAUCUUCCUGGGCCCGUGGAUCCUGUGGGCGGUGGCGUCCCUGCUCGCCCUCCACCCCGUGCUGCGGUGGCUGCUGCCGCUGUACCUCGCCUGGCUCUACCUCGACCGGAACACGUGCGAUCAGGGCGGCCGGCGGAACGGCCGCGGCUGGUCGUUCGUGCGCGGCUGCGUGCUGUGGAACUACUUCCGGGACUACUUCCCCGUGCGGCUCGUCAAGACGGCCGAGCUGCCGCCCGACAAGAACUACCUGCUGUGCUCCUACCCGCACGGCAUCAUCGGCACCGGCGUCGUCUGCAGCUUCGGCACUGACGCGCUGGGCGUGCGCAAGCUGUUCCCCGGCACCACGCCCAACCUGGUGACGCUGCGGCAGAACUUCAGCGUGCCCUUCUUGAGGGAGAUGCUGCUGUCGCAAGGCAUCAUCAGCGCGGCCAUAUCCAGCCUCCGCUGCGCGCUCAGUGACCCCCGCGGCGGCCGGCUGGUGGUGCUGCUGGUCGGCGGCGCGCGCGAGGCGCAACUCUCGGAGCCCGGCGACUACCGCAUCGUGCUCAAGAGGAGGAAGGGCUUCGUCAGGCUGGCCCUGCAGCAGGGCGUCCCGCUCGUGCCCGUGUUCACCUUCAACGAGCACCGGCUGCUGUCCCAGGUCCGCGGCUCAGCCAUCGCCACCUUCCAGAACUGGUUCCGCCGCGUGCUGGGCUUCGUCCCCGUCGUGCCCGUCGGCAGGGGGUUGUUCCAGUACUCCUUCGGCGCCGUGCCGCACCGGCUGCCUCUCACCGUCGUGGUUGGAGCACCCAUCCCCGUUGAAAAGGUGGCAGAACCCAGCCCGGAGCAGAUUCAGGAGCUGAUGGAGAAGUUCGAGAAGGCGCUGGUGGACCUGUUCCACGAGCACAAGGAGAAGUACCACCCCGGGGAGGACAUCCACCUCAUCGUGGAGCAGUGAAGGGGCGGCUCUUCGGCCACCGUGCAAUCUAGUCAGCCAAGCCGAUUUGGUGAAAUCGCAAACGGUCAACCGACCAACCCUCGAGCAGCUCUUGGGGGCCUGUCCACCACGACGGCGGAGCUCGCCGGGAAGACCUCCACCGUGGUGAAGAGGGAGGGGGUCUUCCGCGACCCGCGAGUCCUGCCUUGUCCUCGACUUGGUACACUUCCAUCACUAUCAAGGACGUAGCUUUAAGGCACCGUUGUUGAAAUUAAUGUUUUCAAUAAAAUAUAAAAUUUAAAAAAAAACAUGGACGAUAAAA